GUGCGGCGCGCUCGAGACCAUGGUGUGCGAGACCAUAGAGAAAGAAGACCAGCUCCCGUUCGACGAGGCCUUGGAAAAGACCGGCAAUGGUAUCUACAACAUUCUGCUAUCAGCGACUUGCGCGCUGUCAUUACUGGCCAUUGGUGCUGAUCUGUUCGGCUUCAGUUUGGUGGUGGCGGCCGCGUGUGACCUGAACCUUACCGUGGCGCAGAAAGGAAUACUCACUUCCACGCCUUUUGUAGGUAUUCUCCUGGUAUCUUACAUCUGGGGCUAUGUUUCGGACACGCGGGGGCGGCGGGUCACACUACUCCUCUCUCUCACUUUCGGCUUCCUGCUAUCCAGCGUCUGCAGCCUCUCCAUCGACUGGAUCUCACUGGGAGUCCUCAAGUUCUUGUCUGUUUGUUUUUCGUGUGCAGCGAAUUCAGUGUCGUACACUUUGGUGGGCGAGUCAUGUGUGCAGCGUGUCCGCAAUAAGUACAUGGUGAUGAUGACUUGCUUCAUACUCUUGUCGCCAGCGUUUGCAGCCCUUCUGACGUACCCAAUAUUAAAGCUUGACUUCGAAGCGCCUAUACAAUGUCUAGGCAUUAUCUUCCGACCUUGGCGAUUAUUGAACAUCAUCCUAGCACUACCCUCAGGAUUAGGAGCAUUCGCCAUGUACUUCUUUCACGAGUCUCCCAAGUUCCUCGCCAACUGCGGCAGAAGAGAAGAAGCGCUAGAGGUGAUGAGGUCUAUUUACGCGGUCAAUCAUUCCUGCAGUAAAGAAGAAUUUGGGAUCACAUGUUUCACAAUGUCGGAGACAGCAAAGAAGGAGCAAUCGUUAUUCCGAGCAAUGUACGAACAGAGCGCGCCUCUCUUCAGACCUCCGUAUUUGUGGAGGACAUUGCAAUUGUACUUCAUUGUUGCUGUUGUUUUUAUUACGAACAACAGUUUUCUUGUCUGGUUACCUCACAUACUGAAUCUAAUCAGGAUAUCUCUCCAAAGCAAUACUGCUUCGGGCAAUGUAUGCGAUUUAAUAUCAACGCCAGAUACGUGCGUCAGUACGAUCGAUGAAAAUGUCAUCAUCACACUAAUGAUAUCCCAAACUGUAUUCGCAUUCCUCAACUUCGUGAUAUCGUAUCUACCGAACCAUAGACGGAAGUUAAUGAUAGGGAUCCUUUGUUUAUCGACUCUGAGUGGGUUUACUGUGAGCGUGGUACCCGAGCCUAUAUCCAGUGUGGUGCUGUUUAUGGUGUUUACAUCUACUUGCCUAGGUAUGGGCAUUCUAGCAUCUUACUUCGUUGACCAGUAUCCUACAACUUACAGAGGCAUGGUGUCCAGUUUGAGCAUCAUGGUGGGUAGGAGCAGUUCCUUUGUGGGCAUCAACCUGGUGGGCAAUGUCAUCUUCCACCACUGCCGGGUCACCUUCAACUUGUGGUCACUGCUUGUUCUCUGCAGCGUAAUAGCGGCGUGGUUCCUACCACCUGAUAAGCCUAUGCAGCCCGCGGAGAAACCGACUAAGUUAUAGUUUUAAGUUAUAAUGUAU